AUGCAUCUGCAAUCGCUACUUCCAGUGGCUGUCGCCCUCGUCAGCCUUGCCUCUGCGCACGGCGAUCACGCCCCCGAGGCGGACGAGAAUGCUAACUGGAUGACGAAGCACAUGGCCGAGGAACACCACAUGCAGAGCUUCGACGACGCCGCCUUCUUCGCCCUGCACGACUACAACAGCGACGGUCAGUGGCAGGUGGCCGAGCUCCUCCGGACCUAUGGCCUGAUGGACGAGUCGAACGAGCACGUCGGCGGCGCGCGACGCGCCGAGCUGGCCGACCGGCUGCUGACCCUGCUCGACACGGACGGCGACAGGGCCGUCUCGCGCGACGAGUGGCUCUCCUUCACCGCGGCCGGCAACGACCUGCCCGACCUGGGCACCGGCCCGGGACACCACGGAGACGACGAGUACGAGUACGAGAUCCACCAUUGGGAGAAGUUUCACGGCGACGACACCAAGCUCGAGGACCUCACCCACCCAGAGGACAUCGAGCACUUCCGCAAGCACGAGCAGAUGGAGGAUGACCAGGAUAAGCUCGAGGAGCAGGAGAAGCAGCCCAUCAUCGAGGCGAAUAUCCCUCUCAAGUUCAGGAAGCAACAGUAA